GACGCAGACUUCUCGCUUGCAUGCAAGACAAAUUAAUACUAUAUGAAUAAAUAAAUAAAAACUAAAAAAUAAAAAAUAACAAAAACAAACUCAAACGCGGAAGCUAUCGAGCGAGCAACCAGAAGAGGAGCGAGAUCUGGUAGCUGAAACAGAAAACUAACAAACAAAAAAGAGAAGAGAAAACUAGAAAAGAUGAUGUCAGGGAAUUACACAAGUCUUGAUAAUCAAAAAGUCUCGGGAUCCGUACCUGCUGUUCCAGAUCCAGGCCACGUGUCCGUCAAAUUCUCAGUUUUGUGAUAUGAUUGGUUGUUGCAGAUUCAACUCUUCAGACAUUUCCUCCAUCAACCGCACAAGGGAAAAUCUCCGGUGGUUCACAUCCUCCUCGUGAUGCUGAUGAUUGCAGAUGGGUCAAUAUAAUGGCCAGAAUUUGAUUGGUGCAGAUACAUUUUCAAAACCAGUUUCUGGUUCUGAUGAACCUCAGCAAGGUGGUUGGUUUCGGACGUUCACAAUUGCUGCAUAUAAGCCAUACUUUGAUAUUGACACUACAGAUGUUUUAGAGAGAAUCAAAGAUUCUCUUUUUCCAUUCAGAGGAACCUUUACUGAGAAAACUGCUGGCAACCCAGAUUUGUAUGGACCUUUCUGGAUAUGCACUACCCUAAUCUUUGUAGCAGCUGCCAUUGGCACUUUUGUGACAUAUGUAGCACACAAACUGCAGAACAAAAAAUGGGAAUAUGACAUAAAUCUGGUGACGUGGUCUGCUGGUGUGUUCUAUGGCUAUGUCACCAUUAUUCCCCUUGGAUUGUAUGUAAUCCUCAAGUACUUCUCAGCACCAUCAGGCCUUGCCCAAUUGUUUUGUCUUUACGGCUACUCCCUAUUCGUCUUUAUUCCAGCACUGUGUCUCUCCAUUGUACCCUUGGAAAUUUUCAGAUGGGUGAUUGCAGGUGUUGCAGGGUUCAUGUCAGCAACCUUUGUGGCACUUAAUCUCCGAACUCACAUUAAAUCUGCAGGCGAAAGGUGGUUUUUGAUUGUAGCUAGCAUCUUUCUGUUGCAGUUGGCUCUAGCUGUGGUUUUGAAGCUUUAUUUGUUCACUGUUACAGUAUGAGAAUGAACUUCAUGAAAGGUUGUAUAUCAGAAUGAAAUCUUUUUUGGUCUAUUGACGUCAUGUUCUCACAAUAUCUUGCCCGUAUAAAAUUCAACGUUUAGAAUCCUCAUGUAAUCAUUCAUUUAUGGCUUAUAUACAAUUCAAGUGACUAUUUGUCUCCGAA